GCCAGAGCAUAAUUACCUUCAUAUAUGACUUUGUUAAAAAGUUUCCAGGAUCCCACCCAGGUUAUUCUGUAGUCACUGGACGUCCAGAAGCAGGUCAGCCUGUCACACUGAUGCUUUCAGUGAUUGGCAGAAAAGGUCCAUCUUCGGUGUCUGUUGAAGAGGUCGGCUUGGUAAUUGUGUCUGGUCCUGGGAGUGUGACCAAAGGCGCCAUCUCUGAUGUGGGCAACGGAGACAUCCUGGUCACUGUUGAUGUAGUUCCUGAGGGGGAGUUUGUAGUUGUUCUGAAAGGAACAGACAAAGUGUCCAACAGUGAAUUUCAAAGGCAGUCAACCACCCAGGUGUCCGUCUCCAAAGUCAAUAUUCAGGCUGUGGUGGGCAGCAGUGUUGAGCCUGGAAAAACCUUUCUGCUCCCCUUCAGUGUGAUGACCCAGGGUUCUGCUGGUACAUACACCAUCAGUGCCAGAAAUGAUAGAAACUUCCCCAUGAAGUUCCCAGAAAGCCUCACCCUGACGACUGGAACAGCUGGUAAUCAGACACUGACCAUCACUCCACCUGCCAGCACACAAUCAGGCACUGAUGUCACUCUGACUAUUGAAGCCAAGUCAUCCAGUGGUGCUGACUCCAAUUAUGCUGUUUUAAAAUUGUCUGUGGUCAAAAAGAUGUGACAGUUACCCAUGCCAUGGGCAUUACUACACCCCCAUACCAUCAGAGAAGCUGGCUUUUGAAUUUUGUGCUGAUAACAAUCGAGACAGUUAUUUUAAUUUUCGGCCCGGAGGACACCACGUCCAUGAACGAUAUGAAAUGUGUUCUCAUCAGACCACAGGACACUUUUCCACUUUGCGUCAGUCCGUCUCAGA